AUGGAAUGGAAAUAUUUAGUAAUUAAUUUUUCUAAGGAAAUUGUGACAGUUUUAAAUAAGUUCACAACAUCUCUUGAUUUGAAUAUUCUAACUUGGGGAAUUACUACUUUCAGGAAGGACGAUCCUUAUAUUUUUGAAGAACGAGGAUUAUGUAGAAAAUUAAACAUUAAACUUCAUAUAAAAGAUAAAAUUGAAGAAUUUAGUCGUUUGUUUAAUUCUAUAACUGAUAGAAGAGCUCUGGAAUCUUUGAGACUUUCAACGUAUGCUGAGGACAUUGAUAAAUAUAUAAAAUUACUUUCUGAGGAAAAUACAAGUGUCGGAGUAAUUCUUGAAACUUUAUCUUCUUUGUUGGAUACAACAAAUACAUUAAAUAGUAGACAAAUUGUCAUCAGAACUGGGAAUAAUGCUGUCACUUCCAAAGAUGAUUCGACGAAAGGGAAAGAAUUUUUAAACUUGAUUGGAAAAGAAGCGGUAUCUUAUCCAAAAAUUAACAUAGAUAGAACAACUAAUGUAACACCAACUGAAGGUACAGCGCCAACAGAAAAUGUACGAUCUAGAGAAAACUUUAUUAAACGCGUUCUAAAUGAGAUCGAAGAAUCCCAUCAAAAAAGUUAUUCAAUACCAGAAAUUAAUUAUGAAGACGAGGAAUUUUAUGAAUCUGAAGAUAUAUUAACAAAUGUGGGAACAGCACUAACAAAAAAUGUACCAACAAAAAAUGCAGAUUCUAAUUCGUUAGUUAAUCGUUUAUUAACUGCCAGUAUUUUCGGUACUUUAGUAUUUUAUUUAAUUCAUAAAUUUAUACGUCCAGCCCAACGAUUAUGGGAAUAUUUAAUGAACAAGAAUAAUAAGCCUAAAUCACGACAGAUGUCAGAUAAACAGCAACAAACUAUUGAAAAAUACGCCAAAAUCCUGGAAAUUAAAGAAAAACUACCAAUGAUCAUUCAAAAUGUUGAGAUUUAG